AUUAUUCUCCACCUAUCUCUUUCUUUUCUUUCUCCAUAGUUUUUAGAUUUAGAAACAGAGAAGAAGACUUCACUACUAAUUAAAUAAGGCUUAGUUAGUUUCUCACUUUCAUAUGGCUCACAACCACCUUCACCCUAAUCAAUUUGAUACUAUUGAGCAAAUUUUAUCAGAAGCACAACAUCGAUGGUUACGUUCAACUGAAAUUUGCCAAAUUCUCACUAAUUAUAACAGCUUUCAGAUUGCUUCACAACCUUCACAUAUGCCUCCAAGUGGUUCAGUUUUCUUAUUUGAUCGGAAGGUGAUGAGAUACUUUAGAAAGGAUGGUCAUAAUUGGAGGAAGAAAAAAGAUGGAAAAACUGUUAGGGAAGCUCAUGAGAGACUCAAGGCUGGAAGUGUGGAUGUAUUGCAUUGCUACUAUGCUCAUGGAGAACAAAAUGAAAAUUUUCAAAGACGUACUUACUGGAUGCUUGAGGAGGAACUCUCACACAUUGUUCUAGUCCAUUAUCGUCAAGUGAAGGGAGUUACCAAGGCUAAUUUUAUAUGUGGCAAAGAAAAUGAAGAAUAUCAUCCUUAUGCUCAACAAACAGACAAAGUUAUGCCUAACACAAAGAUGGAGACUUUUUUAUCGUCGAGUCUUAAUCCACUUAGUUACCAGCUUCAGUCGCAAACUAUGGAUACAAGCAUAAACAGUUUUCAAGCAUCAGAAUAUGAAGAGGCUGAAUCAGCAUUCAAUAGCCACGAAAAUUCCGAUUUGUACUCGUUUCUUGAGCUGCAACACCCUUUUGUUCAUAAGAUUAAAGCUCAACUAGCUGAUUCUAAUUCUCCUCUACCACUCAAAGAUGAUCAAGAAAGGUUACCUGUCAUUCCUCAGGUGGAUUAUAUCUCACUCAGUCAAGCUAAUGAAACCAAAUACAUUAAUAAUGCUAGAUUGACAUGUGAAUCCUCAAAACUCCUGGGCUUUUCAUCAUGGGAAGAUAUCUUAGAAAAUAAUGCUGGAUGUCAUAAUGUGAUUUCUCAGCCUUCAUUUCCUGAAACACAACACAAUAACAUGAAUUUAAAUAGUACUUACCAAGGAUAUGACAUAAUGGGCCAACAUUUUACCAUCAGCAUUACUAAACAACAUGAGAAUGGAAGUCUUAUACAAGCUGAAGGAAAUUGGCAGGCAUCUCAUUUUAAUUCUUUAAGUUCAUCAAAUUGGCCCGAAGAUAGUGCGUGUUCAGGCUCAACAUGCGAGGUUGGUUAUAGUGACUGUGAGCAGGAAGUUAAUGAAGUUGAUCUUCAACAAUCCCUGGAACAAUUCCUUCUUCAUCCGCACCAACAACACGAGGUUCUUAUGCAAAAUAGCCCUCGUGAAAUACUUUUAAACGAAGAAGACAAGUUAGAAUCAGAACUAGAGGUGGAUAGAAGCAUAGAUGGAAUAGAAGACACUCAUUUCACUUCAAAGAAGACUCUAUUAGAUGUAUCUGUGGCAGAAGAGGGCCUGAAGAAGCUUGACAGUUUCAACCAAUGGAUGAGUAAAGAGCUUGGAGAUGUUGAAGAAUCAAGCAACCGAUCCACUUCUAGUACUUACUGGGAUACAGUUGAAAGUGAAAAUGAAGUUGGAAACUAUGUACUUGAUCCAUCUAUUAGCCAUGAUCAGCUCUUCAGCAUAAUUGAUUACUCCCCAAGCUGGACAUUUGAAUACUCAGAAAUUAAGGUUCUCAUUUCAGGCCGAUUCUUAAAGAGUCAGCAUGAAGCAGAAGAUUGUAAAUGGUCAUGUAUGUUUGGCGAGGUAGAAGUGCCAGCAGAGGUAAUCGGGAACGGUGUUCUCUGUUGUCAUACUCCUCCACACAAGGCUGGCAGGGUUCCUUUCUAUGUAACAUGUUCCAAUAGAUUAGCAUGUAGUGAACUGCGCGAAUUUGAUUUCUGCGUUAAUUAUACUCAAGAAGUUUACACUGCAGGUGAGAACAGAAGCAGCAUAACUUUUGAUAGUUUUAAUAAACGAUUUGGAGAUUUGUUGUCCUUGGAGCAUGACUUCAAUCACAGUUUAGAUUCAAUCAGUGUGAGUGAGAAAUCUAAUGAGAAAUAUCAACUGAGAAGUAAAAUCAGUUCGUUGCUUAGGAGGGAGGAUGAUGAAUGGGAUAAACUACUGAAAUUUACCCUAGAGAAAGAUUUUUCUCCAGAACUUGUACAGGAGCAGCUGCUAGAAGAUCUUCUGAAAGAUAAGCUACAUUCAUGGCUCCUUCAGAAAACAACUGAAGAUGGGAAAGGUCCAAAUGUAUUAGAUGAAAGUGGCCAAGGUGUGCUUCAUUUUGCAGCUGCUCUUGGCUAUGGUUGGGCGUUAGAACCAACAAUAAUUGCUGGUGUGAAUGUAAACUUUCGCGAUGUAAAUGGAUGGACUGCUCUUCAUUGGGCUGCGGUUUGUGGCAGGGAGCGAACAGUUGCUUCUCUCAUAUCUCUUGGAGCGGCACCAGGAGCACUUACUGAUCCAUGCCCAAAACAUCCUUCUGGUAGAACACCAGCUGAUCUAGCUUCUGAAAAUGGACACAAAGGAAUUGCAGCUUAUCUUGCAGAAUAUUUCCUAAGUGCACAACUCAAGUCUCUUGAUUUGAAGAGAGACUUGGGAGAAAAUUUUGGAGAAAAAAUAAUACAAAGAAUCCAAGAACAAAACACUGCUAAAGAGGUCCUCUCACAUGAACUGUCAUUGAAAGAUUCACUGGCUGCAGUAUGCAAUGCAACACAAGCUGCUGCUCGUAUUCAUCAAGUUUUCAGAGUGCAAUCAUUCCAGAGAAAACAAAAACAACAAAAGGAAUAUGGUGAUUACAAAUUUGGAGUAUCUGAUGAACGUGCUCUUUCACUAAUAACAAUAAAUGCAAAGUCACACAAGUUUGGACAAUGUUAUGAGCCUGUUCAUAUUGCUGCUACAAGAAUUCAGAACAAGUUCCGCAGUUGGAAAGGCAGAAAAGAUUUUUUGAUUAUUCGACGGCGAAUUGUGAAAAUUCAGGCUCAUGUAAGAGGUCACCAGGUUAGGAAAAACUAUGGGAAGAUAGUUUGGUCGGUUGGGAUCAUGGAAAAGGUUAUUUUACGUUGGCGCCGAAAAGGCAGUGGUUUGCGUGGAUUCAAAUCAGAGGCCAUUUCUGAUGGAACUAUGGUGCUAGGUGUAUCAUCUUCCACAGAAGAUGACUAUGAUUUUUUGAAAGAAGGCAGGAAGCAGACUGAGAAAAGGUUGGAGAAAGCCCUUGCUAGAGUGAAAUCAAUGGCUCAGUAUCCUGAUGCAAGAGACCAAUACCACAGGCUAUUGAAUGUUGUAACUGAGAUACAAGAAAAUCAGGUAAAGCAAGAUUGGAAUUUUAACAAUUCAGAAGAAACAAGACAUGUGGAUAACCUCGUUGAUCUUGAAUCAUUGUUGAACGAAGAUACUUUCAUGCCUGUAGACACUUAGAAGUUAGCUUCCAUCUGUAUGUUAGGUUGUCCAUUGUAUGUAUGGGUUAGCAUUGUAUGUAUGAACCUUAUAGCAAUUUUGAUUCACAUUCACUUGUAGUUAACAGGUAACCGCCGGGUCAUUUGUUAAUAUUUCAUACAAAAAUGCACAAACUAUCACAUUCAAAAUUUUGCUAUGCAGAUUUAUCUUAGCCAGUACAAAGUGCUUCAAGCUAAUUGUGAGGCUAAUUUAUCUAUGCAUGCUUCAGUGCUAUGAGGAACUGAGGUUGGGUUCGCUAUAAGAUUUGCUUCAGCACCAUUGUCUUCAUAGAUUAUGUUGUAUACAUCGCACUGGUUAACUUAAAAAUGCACAACAUAAGAUUCCGCACCUAUACAAAA